CUAACCAAUGGGGAAAACUCCAAACUCUAUAAUUAGAAAUGGCCUUGUCCUGCAAGCUGCAAUGCCAGGUUGUACCUCCACAGAUCGAUGUGCCCACACGUAGCUAAAUUCGGGAAUAUUUUAAAAAGAUCUUCAUUCAUCAUGCUUUGUUGCCUUGCCUGGAAGAGAGUCCAUAUGGGUCAUGUUUUGAGGUUUUAAAAUUUCAUUACUAGCACUGCUUAAUUAUAAUCUCUCCCUCUAUAUAAACCCCUUAGGCCUUAACCCACUCCACCAUCUCCAUCAGUCUCUUGAAACUAAAACAAAGCUUAGUAUCCCAAAGACUAUCCAAGAAUCUUGGAUGAUAUGGCAUCAAGAGCCCUAGCCUCCUCCCCUGCCCUUCUCCUCACCUUCAACCUCCUCUUCUUCACUUUGGUGAGCUCUAACUAUUGCCCACCACCAAAGCCAAAAGGCCAUGUAACUCAUCCAAUCAAACCAUCACCAGCAGUCCCAUCAAAUAAGGGUAGUUGCCCAAAGGACACUGUAAAGCUGGGUGUAUGUGUGGAUCUGUUAAAAGAUUUGUUGAGCGUUACUGUUGGAACCCCACCAAAGACUCCUUGCUGCAGCCUUAUCAGCGAUCUUGUUGAUCUUGAAGCCGCUGUGUGCCUUUGCACUACCAUCAAAGCUAGUGUCUUGGGCAUUAACCUAAACCUUCCUGUGAACUUAAGCUUGUUGCUCAACUACUGUGGGAAGAAGGUUCCAGAAGGAUUCAAGUGUGCAUAAAUUAAUGCACUCUGCUUAUUUCUAGGUAGUUACCUGCAAUUUUAUCAAUUCUCGUGUUGUGUGCUUCAGUUUCUUGGAGUUUUUAUGGCUCAUGCCAUAAUUACGUUUAAACAAUAACUUCCGAA